AUGUCUGUCCUUCGCAAUAUCAAGAGCCUUGCUCCCCUUCUGGACCGCGUCCUGGUCCAGCGCAUUAAGCCCGAGACCAAGACCGCCUCCGGCAUCUUCCUCCCUGAGAGCAGCGUCAAGGAGCAGAACGAGGCUAAGGUCCUCGCUGUCGGCCCCGGUGCCAUUGACCGCGAUGGAAAGCGUAUCCCCAUGGGUGUCUCCGCUGGUGACAAGGUUCUGAUUCCUCAGUUCGGUGGCAGCCCCAUCAAGGUCGGCGAGGAGGAGUACACCCUGUACCGGGACUCUGAGAUUCUGGCUAAGAUUAACGAGUAA